GACUGUGCAAAGACGGCAAGAAGCGACCGACCGGCGGGGGAGGCAGGCAAGGCAAAGGAAAGGACAGGGGGAGUUUAGGCUGUGUCCCGUAUUUGGAAUAAGCAAGACUAGACUACAGCUUUGCUCCUGACGUGAAACGAGCUCCUCUGUAACCUUCAAAAGGGACCCGCAUUUUUGACGGCUAACUUACUGUCGGGCUGUUGGAACUCUUGAACUAACCGUCGCGUUGAACUGUGAAGAAACUAAAGAGACAUUUGGACGAAGAAUGGGAUUUAAAGAACAUAUCUGCCAGCACUGAGUUGUGAAAACAAGGGAAUAUUUUCCAGUUGGAUGGAAAAUAACUACACUGUCGAAAGGGGACAAAUUCAGUAGGGCUCUGUUAACACUGUGCAUAUUGUAUGUCAACUCCCGGGGGAAAAGGGGCAACGAUGGCAUUUAAGAAGCAAGAAAAGUAACGUUAACGGUAGCUCGCUGGCUAGCCACAUAGCUAGCCUAGCAGCUAACUAAGCCUGUGUCGCCCUUCCAUUCCUGGAGCAGAGGAGGGGCGCUGGGGCUUUGUAGCAUUGCAGAUCUGCCUUGCAUUUUUGGGUCGCUGCAAGAAUGGAGAAUCCUAAAUAUCCAACACAACAACUCAGGGGGAUCUGCUGAACCGCGUCGACUCCAUUCUUUUCCCAUUUCUAACCGAGAGAAGACCUUAAAACUGCCACUUUACGUUGGGAUUUGAUCAAAUCAGCCGGCCCGGGGCAGCCAGGGUCUGUAACUGUGACUACUUAUUUUGCCCUGUGGGGAUAGCUUUCAUAAAAUGGGGACGUGCUACAUAUUUUAGAUUCUGGAUAUUGACAGGGAGACCAUGACUUGGCCGGUUUUAACGCCGAUUUAGCCCAGGCCAACUUAAAAAGUUGUAUUAUUUUCGGGACACAUUUAAGAACUUCUUUACAGGCCCACUCUGUGCUAGGCCGUUUGCUAAUUUCCCCUCCCCAUUCCCUUCAUCAUCAUUCAUUACUUUAAAAACCCGGAAUAAUCAUGUCGGGAGAGGUGCGUUUGAAGAAGCUGGAGAAGCUGAUCCUGGAUGGCCCGGCUCAGUCUGUCGGCCAGUGCCUGAGUGUGGAAACACUGCUGGAUAUCCUGGUGUGCCUCUACGAUGAGUGCAACAACUCCCCACUCAGAAGAGAGAAAAAUAUCCUGGAGUUUUUGGAAUGGGCUAAACCCUUCACUUCCAAAGUGAAGCAGAUGCGCCUGCACAAGGAAGACUUUGAGAUCCUCAAGGUGAUUGGACGAGGAGCCUUCGGAGAGGUUGCAGUUGUAAAAGUGAGAAACACUGACAAGGUAUUCGCCAUGAAGAUCCUCAACAAGUGGGAGAUGCUGAAGCGAGCCGAGACGGCGUGUUUCCGGGAGGAGCGGGACGUGUUGGUGAAUGGGAACUGCCAGUGGAUCACCACCCUGCACUACGCCUUCCAGGACGACAAUAAUCUGUACCUGGUCAUGGACUACUAUGUGGGUGGUGACCUACUGACUCUACUCAGUAAGUUUGAGGACCGGCUGCCGGAGGAGAUGGCUAAGUUCUACCUGGCUGAGAUGGUGCUGGCCAUCGACUCUGUUCACCAGCUACACUACGUCCACAGGGACAUAAAGCCCGACAACAUCCUGCUGGAUAUGAACGGCCACAUCCGCCUGGCAGACUUCGGCUCCUGCCUCAAACUCAUGGAGGACGGGACGGUCCAGUCCUCCGUGGCGGUGGGGACUCCAGACUACAUCUCCCCAGAAAUCCUCCAGGCUAUGGAGGAUGGAAAGGGCAAGUACGGGCCUGAGUGCGACUGGUGGUCCCUGGGCGUCUGCAUGUAUGAAAUGCUGUACGGCGAGACUCCCUUCUAUGCAGAGUCCCUGGUGGAAACCUACGGGAAGAUCAUGAACCACAAGGAGCGCUUCCAGUUCCCGCAGCAGAUCACAGACGUGUCAGAAGAUGCGAAGGAUCUGAUUCGCCGGCUCAUUUGCAGCCGAGAGCACCGAUUGGGCCAGAACGGCAUCGAAGACUUCCAGCACCACCCCUUCUUUGUUGGCAUUAUCUGGGAGAACAUUCUCACAUGUGAGGCUCCCUACAUCCCAGAAGUCAGCAGUCCUACAGAUACCUCCAACUUUGAUGUGGAUGAUGACUGCCUAAAGAACUCGGAGACCAUGCCUCCGCCCUCUCACACUGCCUUCUCCGGCCACCACCUGCCAUUUGUGGGCUUCACCUACACCAGUAAAUGUUCCCUAUCAGACCGUGCCUCCCUGCGGCAGCUGGUGGGGGAUCCGGGUAAGCCGGGAGAGGACCAGCUGGACCUGGAUGUCCAGCGAGGCCUGGAGGACAGCCUGGCCACAGAGGCCUACGAGAGGAGGAUCCGCCGCCUGGAGCAGGAGAAGUUAGAGCUGAGCCGCAAACUGCAAGAGUCGACUCAGACGGUGCAGGCCCUGCAGCAUCCAUCAGGCGAGGGCCCUGUUGGCCCCAACAGGGAGGGGGAGAUCAGGAGUCUGAAGAGCGAGAUCGACAUCCUCAAGAAGCAGAUCGCUGACUCGGGUCAGAUUGAGAAGCAGCUGGAGGACGUGUCGCUGGCCCGCAGAGACCUGGAGGACUCCUCUAAACACACCAGGACUCUGGAGAAACAGAUGAAGAGUGUCUCACAGGAGAGGGACGACAUGCACAAGGAUAUCUUGGAUGCCAACGAGAAGCUGAAGGCUCAGUCGAAGGAGCUGAAGGACGCUCACAGCCAGAGAAAACUGGCAAUGCAGGAGUUUUCAGAGCUCAACGAGAGACUCACAGACCUCAGGUCGGUGAAGCAGCGUCUGGCCCGCCAGCUGCGGGACAAAGAGGAGGAGGUGGAGAGUCAGGGUCAGAAGGUGGAGGCACUCCGCCUCGAGGUGCGAAAGGCCGAGAGGGCCAAGAAGGAGAUGGAGGCGCACUCUGAGGAGCAGACAGCAGAGGCUCAGAAAGAGAGGAAGCUGAGGGAGCGUAAUGAGCAGUACAGCCGACAGCUGGAGGAGGAGCUUGAAGGGCUUAAGGUGAAGCAGGGGUCCUCCGCCCCCGCCGCCUCAGCGGACCAGACCCAGGAGGUGGGGCGCCUGCGGGGAGACCUGGAGAAGAAGACGCUCCUGUACGAGGAGGAGCUGGCGCGCAGGGAGGGGCAGCACGGCAGCGAGCUGAAGGGUCUGCGCAAAGAGCUGCGGGACGCCGAGAGCCAGCACCUCGCUCUGCAGAAAGAGAUCCUGAUGCUCAAAGACAAGCUGGACAAGACUCGCCGCGAGAGCCAAAGCGAGAGGGAAGAGUUUGAGACCGAGUACAAGCAGAAGUACGAGAGGGAGAGAGUCCUGCUGACCGAAGAGAACAAGAAGCUGUCCACUGAACUGGAUAAGCUCACCAGCAUGUUUGAGAAGAUGAGCAGCUCCAACAGGCAGCUGGAGGACGAGAUGAGGGAGCUGGCCGACAAGAAGGAGAGUGUGGCUCACUGGGAGGCCCAGAUCACGGAAAUCAUCCAAUGGGUGAGUGAUGAGAAGGAUGCUCGGGGUUAUCUGCAGGCUCUGGCCACCAAGAUGACAGAAGAGCUGGAGGGACUGAGAAACACCAGCCUGGGAGCGAGGGCCACGGACAUGCCGUGGAAGAUGCGGCGCUUCGCCAAGCUGGACAUGUCGGCCCGUCUGGAGCUGCAGUCGGCCUUAGACGCUGAGAUCAGAGCCAAGCAGAGCAUCACGGACGAGCUGAACAAAGUCAAGGCCAACAACAUGUCCACAGAAUGUAAACUGCAAGAUGUGGAAAGUAAAAACCAGGAACUCCUCGCAGAGAUCGACAGGCUGAAGAAAGAGACGGAGGAGCUGCGACUACGAAGAGGUGUCAAGCACCAGGAUUCCCAGAAUUCCUUCUUGGCUUUUCUCAACGCCCCCACCUCAGCGCUGGACCAGUUUGAUGUGGACUCCAUGGAUAACUUCACUCCAUCCAGGGACGAUGACCCCAAGCUGCACCUCAAGUCCCGCUCGCGGUCACCCUCCAUGGCCAGUGAUAUGGAGCCCAUAGAGUUGAUAGACCACCCCCCUCGUACAGUCCAGACCCCCACAAUGCGCUCAGGAGGGUACGGCAGUAUUGGACGCUCCUCUCCUAAGCCCAAAGCACAUCAGUUUGUGGUGAAGUCCUUCAGCACCCCCACUAAGUGUAACCAGUGUACUUCCCUCAUGGUGGGGCUCAUACGUCAAGGCUGUACCUGUGAAGUGUGUAACUUCUCCUGCCAUGUAACGUGUGCGGACAAGGCUCCAGCUGUGUGUCCCGUGCCCCAGGACCAGACCAAGGGCCCGCUGGGUAUCGACCCUCAGAGGGGCAUCGGUACUGCGUAUGAAGGCACCGUCAGGGUGCCCAAACCUACGGGGGUGAAGAAGGGCUGGCAGAGGGCGAUGGCUGUGGUGUGUGACUUCAAACUGUUCCUGUACGACCUGGGAGAAGGAAAAGCCACUCUGCCAAGUGUCGUAGUCAGCCAAGUCAUAGACAUGAGGGAUGAAGAGUUUUCAGUAAGUUCUGUCCUGGCCUCUGAUGUCAUCCACGCCAGUCGCAAAGACAUCCCCUGUAUAUUCAGAGUGACGGCGUCCCUGCUCUCCCCCUCCGCCAACCACAAGCCCUCCAUCCUGAUCCUGGCCGACAGCGAUCAGGAGAGGAACAAAUGGGUGGGCCUCCUCAACGAGCUGCACCGCAUCCUCAAGAAGAACAAGCUGAAGGAGCGCUUCGUCUACGUCCCCAAGGAGGCCUACGACAGCACCCUGCCGCUCAUCAAGACCACGCAGUCUGCUGCUAUCAUAGAUCACGAGCGCGUAGCCCUGGGCAACGAGGAAGGCCUUUUUGUAAUCCAUGUCACCAAAGAUGAAAUUAUCCGGGUGGGGGACAACAAGAAGGUGCACCACAUCGACCUGAUCUCCCAGGAGCAGCUGCUGGCGGUGAUCUCCGGCAGGAACCGCCACGUGCGUCUCUUCCCCACGCAGGCGCUGGACGGCCGCGAGACGGAGUCCUACAAGCUGGCAGAGACAAAGGGCUGCCAGACCAUCGUCUCCGGCCCCGUGCGCAACGGCUCCCUCACCUGCCUCUGCGUGGCCAUGAAGAGGCAGGUCAUCUGCUACGAGGUGAAUAAGAGUAAAGCUCGUCACCGCCGGCUGAGAGAGGUGCAGGCCCCGGGGCCCGUUCAGUGGAUGGGUCUGCUCGGUGAGCGGCUCUACGUUGGAUACCAGUCUGGAUUCACCCGCUACAGUGUCCAUGGUGACGUGUCCCCCGUCAACCUGCUCCACCCCGAGGACCACACCCUGGCCUUCAUCCCGCAGCAGGGCCUGGAUGCUUUCUGCGCCGUGGAGAUCUCCAGCAAGGAGCUGCUGCUGUGCUUCAGCUCCAUCGGGGUGUACGUGGACUCUCAGGGCCGCCGGUCCCGGCAGCAGGAGCUCAUGUGGCCCGCUGUGCCCAUCUCCGCCUGCUACAACGCCCCCUACCUGUCGGUGUACAGUGAGAACGCUGUGGAUGUAUUCGAUGUCAACACCAUGGAGUGGAUUCAGACCAUCCCUCUGAAGAAGGUGCGACCUCUGAAUGUGGACGGCUCUCUGAACCUGCUGGGCCUGGAAACAGUACGGCUGAUCUACUUCAGAAACAAGAUGGCCGAGGGAGAUGAGCUGGUUGUCCCGGAGACGUCAGACAACAGCAGGAAGCAGCUGGUGCGCAGCAUGAACAACAAGAGACGCUUCUCCUUCAGGAUACCGGAGGAGGAGCGGCUCCAGCAGAGAAGAGAGAUGCUGCGAGACCCAGAGAUGAGGAACAAGCUGAUCUCUAACCCCACCAACUUCAACCACGUGGCCCACAUGGGGCCCGGAGACGGGAUCCAGAUCCUCAAAGACCUGCCCAUGAACGUCCGUGUUCAGGAGAGCCGGGCGGGCUUCAGCGGCUCCGUCAGCAUCCCCUCCAUCACCAAGAACCGGGCGGAGCCGGGCCGCUCCAUGAGCGCCAGCAGCGGGCUGGGCAUACGCUCCUCCUCUCAGAACGGCAGUGCGCUCCGCAGAGAGCUGUCGGGGGGGAGCUACAGCUCCAAACGGCAGACCAUGACCUCCCCCUCGGAGAGCUCCCUGUCCUCAGGGGGGGGCAUGGACUGCGGCGACGCUCCGCUCUCACAGUUUGACAGAGAGUGGCAGGCGGUCUCCCCGUCGGAGAAGACCCCCGAUCUGAAAAGGGCUUUAAGGACCCUGCUUAGUAAGAUGAAGGACUCGGACUCCCCCCGUCACUCCACGGCCUCCAACAGCUCCACCUUCAGCAGCCCCCCCAGCCCGGCCUCCCCCCACAAGGCCAAGUCCCUGUCCCUGGAGAGCACAGACCGGAUGGGCUGGGACACAUGAGCCUGACACCUCUUCCCCCCCCGCCACCCCCCGACCGACAGCACAGGACUCCU